CCGGCACCGCCCGCCCGCGCAGAGCCGAGCGCGGCGCGGAGAAGAUGGCGACCGCCAUGUACUUGGAGCACUACCUGGACAGUAUCGAGAACCUUCCCUGUGAGCUUCAGAGGAACUUCCAGCUGAUGCGUGAGCUGGACCAGAGGACGGAAGAUAAGAAGGCUGAGAUCGACAUCCUUGCUGCUGAGUACAUCUCCACAGUGAAGACCCUCUCCCCAGACCAGCGCGUGGAGCACCUGCAGAAGAUCCAGAGCGCCUACAGCAAGUGCAAGGAGUACAGUGAUGACAAGGUGCAGCUGGCCAUGCAGACCUACGAGAUGGUGGACAAGCACAUCCGGAGGCUUGAUGCAGACCUGGCACGCUUCGAGGCAGACCUCAAGGACAAGAUGGAGGGCAGCGACUUUGAGAGUUCUGGAGGACGUGGGUUAAAAAAAGGUCGGGGCCAGAAAGAGAAAAGAGGCUCCCGGGGUCGAGGCAGGAGAACGUCCGAAGAGGAUACUCCAAAGAAGAAGAAGCACAAAGGAGGGUCCGAGUUUGCGGACACCAUCCUGUCGGUGCACCCCUCAGACGUGCUGGAUAUGCCUGUGGACCCCAAUGAGCCCACCUACUGCCUGUGCCAUCAGGUGUCCUAUGGGGAGAUGAUCGGCUGUGACAACCCUGAUUGCCCUAUCGAGUGGUUUCACUUCGCGUGCGUGGACCUUACCACGAAGCCAAAAGGAAAAUGGUUCUGUCCACGGUGUGUUCAGGAAAAGAGGAAGAAGAAGUAGGGAGAGGCCGUGUGCCUUGGGUCAGAAGAGCAAGCUAAUAUUUUCUCCAUUCGUGUUACGAUAUCUUACCUUCAUCUGAAAACUACCUUGUUUUGACUGAUAUUUAAUAACUGAGUGGCCAGUUGUCCUUCUCGGUGUUCAAAGCAAACAGGGAAUCACCCAAAACUUGUUUACACAGAGGAGUGCUCUCCUGGGAACAGGCCACUGUGACUUUGGUGACGUUUUAUGCAUCCCUCACCCUGCCCGAGCACGCAUGCAGUCACCGCGGCAGCGUGGGCGGUGAGGUCGUCACCUGGUACACUGCCAGCAUGCUGCAAUCACAGGUGUGAACCUCUGUGGGGUCUGUGUGAGGCUGAUAGAACUGUCAAGUGCAGCACAGGGUCCCACACUCCCCACCCCACAUGGGGUGUAUGUGGGUGCGCAUCUGCAGCUUGGCCCUCAACGCAGUGAUCGCAGACCCUUGACAAAGACGUGCUUACCAGAGGAGGAACCCUGCGUUCUCGUGCACAACCCCUCAAGUGAGUGUCCACUCCCCAUCUGUAGUGAGGAGCGUUGGUCACUGGUGCUGUGUCCCAGGUCUGCUGACCCCGUGUCUCUGGGAACCUUGGUGUUUUUACUGUGAAGGGAGGUGAGUGUGUUGGCAUGAAGACAGUUGCCCUGGUGUGUGUUGGAGCCCGGCACCGUGGCCUGGUGUUAGCCAUCUGUACGCUCCUUUGUGGAGCAGAAGCUUCCACACAGGAGGCUGUGAUUACUUCGUCUGUGACAUGGCAGCAGUUCUGGAGCCGCUUUCUGAACCCACUUGCACCAAACUGACUCGGAAUGUCUUCGGGGAAGGCUGGGGAGAACCACGUCUGUCUGGCCUGUGCAAGUGUGUGCGACGAAACAUGAAGACCAAGUGCAGAGGGCGGUAGCAAGAGCAUGCUGGACUGCUGGGAACCCUCCGGCUUGCAUCUUGAGAAAUGAGAGGACUCCUAUCCUCACCCCAGAAAAGAGACCCGUGUGGUGGAAUUAAGAUAUGAAAUUCCCACUCUAAGAAUUGAUGAUUUUCUGUGAAAAGGGCAGUAGGGCUGAGCUUGUUGACUUUUUGUUCUGAUUUGCCAAUGAGGAAGUAAGGGUGAUGCUCAUGGGGUUGUGUCCAGGCGAGCACCUCUGCGGGGUGAGGGACUGUCCAGUAAGCACCCUCCUCAGGGCAAGCUGGCGCUUGGUGAGGGACUUUGAGUGGGCAUCUUCAUGGGAUGACAGGUUGUGUCCAGUGAGCACCCUCUGAGGGGCUGUGCCUGGGUUACCACCUUGGGUCUGGGCAGUUUAGGGUGGCGCUCAGGGCGAGUUGGCGUUCGGUGAGUGGAAAUGAGGUGCCAAGGAACCAUCAUGUUGGCACCAGCGUAAGAAGGCACCUAGUCUGUGAUCCUCAUCCAGGGCUUCUCAUGGUUGAGACUGGCUCAGUUACGGCAACGAGGCAAAACUGGAACAGACCCGAAUUUUUACAAUUUAGGUGAUAUGGAAUGGUAACUGGAACGGGAAAAAUUACCAGUCAGAGCCCUGGGAUGGGAGACUCAGGUGUAGCAAGCCCUUUCGGGGCCUGAUGCAUGAGAUUGGAUUAUUGGUAGGACAGUGGAGAACAGCACACAUUCAGAGCGGGGCACUACUGUUUCUGACUCUGCUUAAAAUCUGAGAGCCAAGAGGUUUGGUUGCUAUGCAACGCAGAUGCUGCCCUUGUUCUCUAGGAGGGAGAUGAAGUUUCUAGGAGGGCUUCAACUCAAUUUUUCCCAUUCUGGUUAUUGUUCCAGUUCACCCAAAUUUUAAAAAUUUGGGUCUGUUCUGGUGUUGCUUCCUUGGCUAUGUCUGAACUGGGAAGAACUGGUCUGAAGCCCUGUCCUUAGGAGGUGGUGGACCAAAUCCCUUUCUAAAUGCCUGUCCUCUGAGAGAAAUGAAGAGAGCAGGGUUUGUGCUCAAGUGACUGGCAGGUGUGGGCCAGCUCCAGGUGCUGGCGGGUUCCGGGUGGUUCUGGGUGGGGGUCAGCAGCUGCCGCAGCUCGUCCUGUGCAUACCCCUGCCUGAAGGAGCUCCCUGAGAACCGACAUACUUCUGACUGCUCAGGGAGUGAAUGUGGCCAGCACCCCCAUUCCAGUUCGGGCCACAUCCACAGAACUGGAGACGCUUGUGACUUACUAACCGGCUUUCUGAUAACAGAGGUGUUCAAAGGCUCGGGGAUAAACUGUGGGGACAUGUGUUUCCCUCACCCUCGUACCAGUUUGUGGAGAGGGAUUGGUAAGUACAAUAGGUGUUCAAUGAGAUGAUGUAUCAUGAUUCUUUAGAAACUAACUUAAAAAUUGUGCUUUGUCUUUGAGCAGAUUACACCCAGUGUUAUCACUGGAAAAAACUGUGUGGUGUUGUUUCUGAUGAAUGGUCAUGCUUGGUUGUCAUUGUGAUUCUUGAGGUUGCACAGGUGGACGACGGCUGCCGUGUCUCAGUGUUUUGUGUAAAUAUGAUGGCGUCGUCAGCUUUCCUGUGUAGUGGGUCGCGUGUUGACUUUUUUAUGGUUCUGUGGUUAUCUGUUUCUAGUGUUUACUUUUGCCAGUUUAAGUAAUAUCACCAAAACAAUACGUAUCUAGCUUUGGAGAAAACAGAAAACCUGAGCAAAGUAGGAAAAUUCCUUAGAACGUUCCUCGAACAGGACUGCAUGCCUUUCUGAGUGUUAACACUGUCAGAGGAGAGCAAGUGGGAAGAUGCUGUGGAGAGGCCGUGGCUGGGAGAGUGGCCUGCAGAAUGAGCCUGGCUCCUGCUGGGACGCAAGGUGGCUGCGUGGUCAGCACCUUCCAGGGACUGCCUGGAGCCUGGCCACCUUGGGUCUCGACAGCUUAGGAUAGUGCUCAGGCCAGAGCCCCCUUGUGCCUGCCCAGUGCCUGAGCUGGGAGCUCGCCAGAGCCGGAGGGACGUCUGGGCUGGACCCGGGGAGACGCGCAGUGCCUCCUGAACCACAGGUACUGGAGCCUCAUGUCUUCAGGGUCACCUGUAAGGAAGGAAUGUCUGUUCAGGACACAGCCACGCUCCUUGCUCUCAGUGCUGCGGGUCAGAACCAGCAGUUUGAGGGGACCUGCUCCUGUAGGAGAAAACAUGCUGCAUUUUAGAGUGACACACUCCGCCCAAGUGUGUGCCCAGGUCUGCGCCCCAGUCUCCGCUGUCUCUGGUGGUGUCACUGUCUGGAUGUGGACGCUGACAGGCCUGUGUCUGACUGUGCCCCACACUGGCUGGGGUCCUCAUGGGCAGGUGGGUCAAGGACUGGCAGUGACUGAGAAGCUGCCCUGUGGCCUGGUCACAGGGGAGGCUUUCUGGGUGGGUGGGGAUGAUGACAGCCUUACACCCCUUCCCCCCCAAAAGUCCACACUGCGUUUGGCCCUCUGACCCCCCUUUGCCCUCAUCAGGGCCUCUGCAGCAAUAACUCAUCUGCACAGCAACCACUGUGGGCACAGAGCCAGGAGCCUGCAGUGUGGGGGGUGACAGGAUGGGGAAGUCCGGGGGGUCAGGCCCACAGUUGUUGCUCAGUGGGGGGGUGGUGUGGGCACUGAAGAGGGGACGUUUUCCUGUGUUUGGUGAACAGCAUUGGUCUUCAUGACCUGCACUGAGAGGAGCUUUAGAGUGGCAAGUGGGGGGCCAGGAAAGCGUUCCCACUUGAGUGAGUUCUCUUUCCUCACAUGUGUGUCGUGUGGUGUCAGCUUUACACAUUUCAUCCAAAAAGAUGGCGCAACUUUAACAUGAAUGUCAUAUUUUCUUUUCAAGGAAUUGUUAUCUAUGUUCCCUCUGUAAAUGAAAGAGAAUAUUGUAAAUCUUUUUAUUAAAUAAUGUAAAGAUGUAUAUCUGUAUUUUUGGAUCAUGUUAUAUAGAUCAUGGAUAUAUUGUAAUAAAUAAAAUAUUUUUUGGAGCAAG